ACUUGACCUGAUAUCUUUACGGUCCUUGGUCGCCAGUGAUUUUAUAAAUUGUUUUCCUUUUUUAUUGACUGAAACGACUUUAUAAAGAAUCAAAUCUCACCUUCAACAUUAGUUUCACCAAUAAAAUAAGUGCUUUUAGAAAGUAAUUGCGAUUAAUAAGUAUUAUUCACAGUUUUUCUUCACUGUGUGUGUGGAUUGAAACGUGCCAUAUUUUGUUGUAGCUGCUUGUGCUGUCAAACGAUUUGGCGCCAAACCGACGGCAGUUGCCAAUGUAAACACAGGAACGAACGGAAACAUAGCAGCGUACAAAUCUUCUCCACAUUCUCUCGGAAAUGUCUUGUAAAUAUUUAGCGCAUUGGAAAAUACCAGACAACAAUUUUUAUCCCAUUUCAAUAAUCUGUGCUGCGAACAACGAUCAACAAAGCACGACCGUAAUGGUUGCAAGUGUAGAGCAGGUGUUAUCUGUCUCCGUGACGAACAUCACUCGCGCCCAGAACGAAGGCAAAGUAUUUACAAGAUGUGAACAAGAAUUUGAUGAGCCUGUACGUGAACUGAAAAGGACCGAAUCGAACGUAUUACUGAUCUCUUCUGAUGGUCAAUUGCUGGUGUAUGAUGCGGUGGUUGAACAGUUCGUGCAGAUCGAUGCCUACAAUCAUGUCCUGCACGCUGAGCAAGGUCCUGACAAGAGACAGCUUUUUAUAGUGAGGCAAACCAGUGCCGGAAAAAUAGUGCUGGAGUUGAUAGAACUAUCCGACGGAUGUUCGUCCCACCAUACGCUCAAGAGCUGCGAUCUUAUCAUUGAAAGUAUCGAUUCCACAGCCCGGCUUAGCAUCAAAUGUUUGAUCGUUAAUGAAGAGAAUGAACCGUUUUUGGGCAACUUUCUCGGCUUUACAAAGCUUUCCGUUGGAAACCAGGUGCUGUUGAUUGCCAUCAAUAACACGCUGUAUUGGGUGCAGGAGCAAGGCAAUGGUGAAAGUGAUCUGAUUGCGCUGCGAUGUUUUGCCUCUUGUGUACUGGAUUUUGAUUUCUUCGAGAGCAGCCUCUGCCUAACUGUUCUGCUGCAGGCAGGUGUGUUGGUCAUCUUUGCCCAAUCGCUUGUCCCGGAAGCGCUCCUGGUGGCAACCUCAUCGGUGUUCCUUCACGCCCCAGUCGAAACAUAUGCAUUCGAGAAAGCAAAUAACGGGUUCCUGUACUCGAACGGGCUUAGCACACAUCGUGUGCAAUUUUACUACUCGGAAGAAACAAAACAAAUCAUCAUGGAAAGUAGCGAAGUACAUGUUCGAGGCGUGAUAGGCAUUACGGUGCUUGCAAGCGAAUCGGCCGCAUUGCUGUUGACAGAAAAUAAUCAGUUCUACACCAUCGAUUGUAGGGAGAGCGAGAAGCAAGCAAGUGUAGCUGAUGUUCCGAAAAUGUUUUUACUUCGCAAGGAUAAUCGUGCGGGUUCGAAACGUAUCACGAGGAUGCUCACGGAAGAAGUGCAAUUUGACCAACGUAUAGAUAGGGCCCUGCAAGUUGUGCAGGCCAAAUUCGACGUGCUAGCACUGUAUCGAAACAGAACAGCCUUCGAAGCGCUUGCCCAUAUGGAUGUUACAUUUCAUCGUGAAAUGCCACCCAGAAAAGGGAAAGCUCUCUUGUUUGGACAUCGCAAAGAAUGUGUGUGUUUGUUUGCCAGUGUGAAAAUAGCCAUCAACCAAGGGUUUUUUGCUUUACUUUCCAAGCAAAAACAGUGGAGCAUUUGCAUCGCCCAAAGCGACAGCGAUUUGCACUCCUAUCCCGUGCUUGGCACGUUCAGUUCAGCAGGGGAACUCUCCGCAAUUGUGUGUUUAACUGCACGAGAUUUGGCAUGCGGAUUACCGACAUUUCGCUGCAUGCUGGUAACAACGGUUCAAAAUGGAAAUGAAAGCUUACUGCUCUCGAUUCCCGUGCCGGCACAUAUAGAAUCAACGAACUCGUGUGCUGCUCGGUUGAUACACCGAACGCCAUCAUCUUUAAUCGUGUCCGAGUGUUGUGUGAAAAAGGCUGCUAGGGACAUUAUCGCACAAAACAAUCCUCACCCGGUUCGGCGGCAGGACGAGAAGCGUACCAUCACGUACUGCAUUCGAAAUGAGCAAUCUAAAACGAAAGCAGCCAGCUUUUCUAGUGUCCUGGAGGAUAAACCCGAUGACACCUGGUUCGCAUUGGAUGCACCGGUCCGUAUGCGUUGGCAUGCAGAAAAAGCCGCAUUGUGCGCGAAAACAGAUUUUCCAGUAGCGAUGGAUUUGGUGAAACGCUUGCUGCUGGAUGCGGAGGAGUAUUUGGCUGAAAUGGAAGAGAGAAGAGAUAAGCUAAAAGGUCUAUCGCUCGAAUUGCAGGCAAUCAACGAUGGUAGUUUAAUAAUCCAGCUGUACCGGAAAUUACGAAACAACGAUAUCGUGGAGGAUGAUGUUCCAGCCAGCAUAUAGGCAGUGCAGAGCUUACUUUGUAUCAUCGAGCGUGCGCCACCAGCAGUUUCAGUAUCAUCAUUUGUUUAAAGCAAUCCACCCAAAGAGCGCCGUUCAUUCAUCGUCCAACAACUGACAGCUGUAACAGGUGCGCGUGUGUAUUGGUGUUGCAGCCCACGCGACAAAGCAACCGAUGGUUUUGCAAAACAAAAACAAAUCACACACACCAACAAUGGUCUGUGUCGAUGUGCGAGCGGACCUCAAUUGCGUACUGCUGCUGCUGCGUAUUGUGCGAGAAGUUGCUGCUGGAGAAAAUGUACGCCUUGCCAACGCGAAGAGAGUCCCCGUCCAUUCGACGGUAUUGCCGCAGUGGAGAGGUUUGAUACGAAAGUUGGACUCUUUGGCUCAAUACUUUUCCAAGUGAAAUGACAUCUUGUGGGCGAAUAACGCAAGAAACUCCCGCACAGUGCGUUUCGUGAAUUGCAGCAAUUGUUACACACCCGUCUGCGUUUCUCGCGCUCUCUCUCUCUCUGUCUCGCUGUUUCUCUCACCCUUUUUCUGGCGAUUUCAGCAACGGAGCAGCCAAAACUGCGGAACACAGUGCUGCGGUUUGUGAACGGGUGCAUAAAAUAGUUUCCAAGUAAAGUGAAGGGUCGCGGCCAUCGCAGACCUUCGCGAGUGCGACGGAAGAUGGUUUAUUAAAUUGAUAGAUUCUUUGAUUAGUUUCGCGGGCAGACAAUGAACGAACGUAUCUCGAAAGUCGCGUGUGGAGAAGGGGUACUCUAGGGCGUAGGAAGCAGUCAAAUAACCAACAUACACACCACUACGGCUACCCUGCAGUGUCAUGUACGUGUUAAUUAAGGCCCGUAUCGCAAAGAUAAUCGAAUAACGAAAUUGUGCUGCCGCUGUGGCACUGUGUCCGGGGCUGUCUGGACAUUGCUCACAGAACGGGAAAAAGAAGCUCUUUUGCUCAGUACAAACUGUGAACAGUGAUUGGUUUGCAUUUUGUGCUGCAAACCAAAAGAGAAAUGGAGUAAAAACGCCAAGGAAUCGCCUGUCAGACGGAAUUAAAGAUGGUGUAACACUGGAACAACUUCGUCUCACUGCAUUUAACGGGUGAAAAACGAGAUUGUUGCAACCAAAACUAGGUUUGAUAUUGAUAAGCCUGCAAUUUUCUAAAAAAGCGCAUACACACAUAUACACACACGGCAGA